AUGCUGAGAUUUCUCGCACUUGUCCCGCGGACGCUAGCGUUUCGUCUCUUUCCAGUCCUCUUAUUCAUCUUGUAUGUCAGUGCAGUACCACUUGCUACCACCAACACCCGACCCAGCUAUCACAUCACGCCUGAGAAGAAGUGGAUGAAUGAUCCCCAACGUCCGUUCUUCCUAGGUGACGAGUGGCAUCUCUACUAUCUAUACAACUCCAACUUCGAUAGCUCAAACCCCGGUUCAGGGGGAACAGAGUGGUAUCAUAUCACAAGCACCGACAUGAUCCACUGGACUCGUCGGGGCGUAGCGAUUGAGAAGUACAAACCGAACCCUCCGAGUGGCAUUGUACUCGGUGACAUCGAGACCGGCAGCGCCGUGGUCGACACAAACAACACGGCUGGCUUUGGCCGGAAUGCCGUCGUGGCCAUUGUUACACAAAUGGCAGAUGGGUUGCAACAGCAAUCUCUUUUCUAUUCCACCGACAACGGGCACAAUUUUGUCCCUUAUGAAGGGAAUCCCGUAAUGCCAAACCCAAGCCCUACUACAAAACCUGCGUUUCGAGAUCCCAAGAUCUUCUGGGAUGCCAAAGAAGGGCAUUGGGUCAUGUCUCUCGCAGAGGGUGACAAGAUUGGUUUCUACACCUCUGCAGAUCUGAAGACCUGGGCGUAUAUAUCCGAGUUUAGGCCUGAGAACGCUGGCGUAGACCUGGAGACCCUCGAAUGCCCAGAUCUAUACCAGAUCGACCUAGACGGAGACAGCACAAAGCGCACCUGGAUUCUCGCCUUAGGCGCUAAUGGCUAUCGCUACAACAGGACGACGGGUACUGCAUAUUGGAUCGGGAAUUGGGACGGUAACCGCUUUACGGCUACAGAAAGCUUUCCGCAAUGGAUGGAUGACGGACCUGAUUUCUACGCCGCAGUCAGCUGGGAAAAUCCUACUGACAGAUACGGCAGCCGCUAUGCCAUUGCCUGGAUGAAUAACUGGGAUUACGCAGCUUCGCUCCCAUAUUACGCGGAUUUCGCGGGCCAGGACAGUUUGGUCCGGGAGGUUGAGCUCAAGACCAUCAACGGUUCUCCCACCUUGGUCAGCAUCCCAAUAGGAGGGUAUGAAGAAAUUCUCGCAUCUCCCAUGUCCGUGAGCGACAAGACCAUAACAACAGAUCCUGCUUCCGCAUCCCUCCCCAGCGGCAUGGAGCAAGGGGCAUACAUGAUCCGCGCCACGAUUUCUAAGAAUGGCGGCGACAAGGGCAACGAGGUCCGCUUUGUCAUCAAAUCAGACGGGGCUUUUAGCACGACUGUCGGCUAUGACUUUGUGCAUUCCCAGGCUUUUCUGGUCAGAGACUCAGACGGUUCCGCGACGGAUUCCAUGGCUGCUGGCUCGAAGCAGGUGUACGAUACCGUGCGCACAGCACCGGAUCCGUCAGGAGGGAGUACGGUCAAGCUGACCAUAUACGUGGAUUGGAAUUCGGUGGAGAUAUUCGUCAACGAUGGUGUAGCAGUGUUAUCGGGGCUGAUAUACCCGAAUCAAGGGGCCAGCGGCGUUCAGGUCGUGUCAGAUACAGGAAGCCUGACGUUGGUUUCGUUUAGCUACGCGGCCUGUGGGAGCAUUUACUAG